GCUCAAUGAAAACUCAUAUACCAAAACGAAACCAAAAAAAAAAUUUUGUUUUGCUUGAAAAUUAUGACAAAUUUCAAAAUUUCAAUUAAAUUGCUGUAAAUUUGAAUUAUUUUACAUUUAUUGUUUAUAUGUUUGUUGAAAAAUUACCAAAUCGUGGAAAAGAGUGCAUUUGCCGCUGAGACGUCGCGUGGUACACGACAGUCCAUCCCAUCCGAAGUAAUUGAAUUCUCAGGCAUGCGUUUUCUCAUCACUGACACUCCAAAUGAGUUGACCAUAAAACUGUUCAUAGAAAAUCUGCUACGAAAUGAUGUAAAACUCUUGGUUGGUAUUUGCGGUGUCAAUUACAAAACAGCAGCUUUUGAUGCAGCCGAAAUUGAAGUAAAGAGCUUAGAGUUCUUAGAAGGUACAUUGCCAGAUGGCCAUGUAAAGCAACAAUGGUUCCGUAUUUUGGUUGAACACCAAAAUCAGCAUCGCGGCAGCUGUGUGGCUGUGCAUUGCAAUAGUGGUCUGGGUCGUGCCGCUUUGCUGGUGGCAAUGGCACUAAUCGAAUUGGGCAUGAGCCAUGACAUUGCUGUAGCUGUGAUACGUAACAAACGCCGAGGGGCCAUAAAUGAUGCACAAUUCGCAUAUCUCAAGGAAUAUCAGCCGCAAUCGAAGAUGCCGCGGCGAAGAUCUGGCAGCUGUUUAGUGCAGUAAUUGUGUGGAUGAGAAAGGUGGCUGAGUUGGUGGCUAUUGGAAAAUCGCAAUGGAAAAAAUGUUUUCAAGAUUUUCAUUGCUUGUAAACAAAAAUUUUAAAUUGGUACCCAUUUCUGUUUCAACCAUUUGGUUGUUUGUUACAUGUUUUUUGUGUGAAAUAAAAUGAAAUAAGCGCGCAGCAUUGCUUGUCGGAAA